CUAAUAUCACUGAGCGUGAAAACUCCAUUCGGUGUUGGCGCGCACUGAGAGCCUGGGCGUGGAUGGCAGCACACGUCGCAACUUUACCAAGUCGAUUGGAUACCACUUCUACUGGUGAAUAUGUGGCGAGUGAAACCUGGAAUAUUUUUGAGGGGAUUUUCGACAAGAGCCUGUGGCAGGCGAAGGUUCUUUCGAGCCAUUAAUUUUGGUCGAUGGUUCUAGCAAAGUGUACUGCUCGAACUCAUGAGGGUCACCUUGCCGUCGCUGCUGCACAGCCGGAGAACGAGCCUUCGUAAGAUAUUUUCAACGCUCAAACUCAAAGCCCAUCGCGCCACUCAUGACAGAACUCUUGAAAGUGAAUCCAUUGCUGCUCAAGUCGUAUUUGAAUGAAAACUGCAGUGCACCAAGGAACAGGGAAGAGUACGCAGGCACUAAGCAAUGGAUGAGGACGACGGUCUUAGAUGUCGGACCGAAGGUGUUUUCCUGGGCAUCCGAGACCCUUCGGGCGGACGUCAAUUACAUCACUAGACUGAUUAAGGAACUGUGCGAACGAGAUGGCAGUCUUGGAGUUUGGGGCCCGUACGACAUGUGUAACUUUCGUGGAGACACUGUAGGAGUCGUCCUAGGAAGACAAACGGUUGCUGACAUCGUGGCCACGCUCGACAGUAAGCUCUGGCGAGACAAAGCAGCAGUCCUGCAGUUUGUCAGCCAGGAUCGCACAGGCACCGUUCUCGGCCAAGUAGGAUGGCACCUCCGACACGAUCCAGAAGUAUGUACUGCCGCUUCUCGCAGUUCGCCCGGG